AUGGCGUUGAACCUUGAAAAGCAGCUCCUCUUUUACGGCGCAUACCAUAACAACCCAGUAAACGUUGCAAUCCAUAUAACAUGUGUGCCCAUACUCUUAUUCACUGGAAUCGCGAUGGCAUCGAACUCGCCCCCUCUCUUCAAGCUACCUGAGGUUCUUCAGUUCGAAAACCUACCUCCCAACGUCGGAACGAUCGCAGCACUGGUCUAUGCGGCAUUUUAUAUCCUCUUGGAGCCAGUCGCAGGCGCUCUCGUCGCACCGCUCCUACUCGGCGCCGCAGCUCUUGGUAACCACCUCCUAGCUACGUACGGAAUGACAGCAAACUACUGGUUUGGUGGAAUUCAUGUCGUAUCCUGGCUGCUGCAGUUUGUCGGCCACGGUGUCUUUGAAGGCCGUGCACCGGCGCUGCUAGACAACCUGGUUCAAGCCUUGCUCCUCGCGCCACUAUUCGUCUGGAUGGAGAUCCUCUUCUUCUUCGGUUAUCGUCCUGAGCUGAGGGCACGAUAUGAGACAAGCGUGCAGAAGGAAAUCGCCGCGUUCAAGGAGAAGAAGAACAAAGCAUCGAAGUGA